GAUCAGAUGUCCAGGGCAAGGUUUGAGCGACUUUUCCGCACGUUUCCCGCCGCCUUUUCCCGAUCUGUGGUAGACCGCCCGGCAGGGGGAGACUUCUUGAGCCCUUGGGGUCCCCGUCGAACCAACUCAGCCAGGUAACCACUGCGUGGUGGAAUACAAUCCUAGUCAUCUUUGAAAGAAAUCGGCAUUCUCUAUUGCGCUUCUUGCAGUUGCUGCUUGCAAUCGCCCCAUCUUGUCUGCUUCUUUUCGGGCUGCGGACAAGGCCACAACAUAUACGCAAACAGGGCGGUGUUCAGUCCGAGGGAAUUGUGCCACGCCAGCAUGCGGAAACCUUCGGCUUGUGCUGCGUGUCGGGCCCGCAGGCGCAAGUGCCAAACUCGCGACGGUCUCAUCGACUGCAUUUACUGCAAUGAGAGGGGCAUCAAGUGCGAUCAAAGACCUCCCGAGGGAGGUUACUAUGAGCAACGAGAGAACCAACGUAAAGAACGCCUGGUAGAAGAGCGGAACACAUCCAUACAGCAGCGAGGUAGCUACCACGCAGCCGGAAGUGCAUCAUCUGCAUCUCAAACCGGUGACUGGUGCACCCGUUGUGAGACCACUGCACAUGCCGCCGCACUGCCUAGUCUGCCGGUCCGGCUGGACCUUGUGAGACUCUACUUUGACUACAUCCAUGACCAGUUCCAUUCUCUCUUCCAUCGACCGAGUUUCAUCGAGGAUGCACUCGGCGACCGAGUGCAUCACGGCAUCCUCUUUGGUAUCUGCGCGUUAUCCGCGAGAUUCUCAACCGAUCCAGAGUUUGCAGAUGUCGAUCCUCGAGAUAGGAGCCACGCGUAUAUACGAGCCGCAGAGGGACUUCUAAACCUCCGCGAUGUAUCUCUGCCGACGAUACAACUCUGCGUGUUGAUAGGAGCCGCCCUGACUGCCAAUGGCGAUGGAGAAUCCGAGAACAUCUACUACGGCGUCGCAUGCCGCAUGGCGCAGCUACUGGACCUGCCGGGGAGACCGGGUACCAAUCUACUGGAACGAGAGAUCAACAUACGGGUCUGGUGGUCGCUCUGCAUGAUCGACGUGUGGUCCUCCACCGCGGUGAAGUUGCCCAAGCUUCUCCCGGCGAGAUCCGAUAUCCCCUUGCCAAUGGACGAUCUGCCAUUUCUCUCGUUGAGCCGCAGCGGAGCCGGUGUUACGGGUAUGACGUCGGCUGCUCAGAGCUCCCAGCUGCUUUCUCAGAUGGUGAGGCUCAACAGGAUCUUGUUAGACGUCAACGACUUCAAUCAGCGUUGCGUUGCGGAUAAUCCUACCUGGGACGCCCUCGAGCAAGGUGUCGAAUCUCUGAGCAUGAGAAUGGAGGACUGGCUCGCUGCACUCCCGGCGAAUAUGCGUGAUACCCCCGAAAACUUUGCCUGGUUUGCAGCUCGCGGUCAGGGUCGGACGUUUGCGGCCGUUUACCUGGGCUAUUACCACUUUGGCCAGCUUCUCUAUUACCAGUUCCUCUAUGGCGCGGCGACUACGACAGCCAUCAACCCCACUGCCUCGGCCUCUGUCGCGAGGAGAGACUUGUACGCGAAGCGCUGCAAGGAACACGCGGCGCGAUUAUGUGACAUGGUCUACCGCGCUCAAACGACGCCCGGGUCGGAUGUGCGGUACACCAUGACGGCGCAUGUGUUAGUCAUCGCAUCGACGGUACAGAUUCACACACUGCUCUUCAGUGGGGAUGAAGCGGAUAUCAGUGUAGCUCGAAGGCGAUUGGAGAGGAACUUUGAGUUGCUGAUGCAGUUACGGUGUUACUGGCCGACGACUGAUCGGGCCAUCAGUCGUCUGAGAGCAUUCCAUCAGACGGCACGCACGAGCAUCGACACAAGUUUUGUGCUGGACCGUUGGAUGCUGAGGUUCCUGGUCGAGUUUGCGGAGCCAAUGGAAGAAAAGGAACGCGGGGACGGGGAGGAGAUGGAGUCGUUGUGGAUGGAGGGGCCCCGUUGAGGGGAGCCGGACCUGUUUGGUGAAGCUGGGGAACCGCUUCCGGAGUCUUGGCCCGUUGAUGGAUUGCAAACAUGUGCAUGCGAUGGAUUUGAAGAGUGUAUUCACUGUAACAUGUGACAUGCUGCCAACCCGUGAAGCCGCUCAUAUUCGUGACAGGGGUCAACUCACGAUGUUCUGACUCCGAGAAAUACACCGUUCAACCAACAC